AUGUUAACCACUUCGCUGUCAUCUGUCCACUCUACCAAUGCCUCUUCCACACCCUCUCUCUCCCCUUUCUCUUCUCUCUCUGCCUCUUCUUCAUCAUCAUCAUCUCUGUCUUUCCAACAAUCUUCUCUUCAACAUCGUCAUCUUGUCUCCUUUGGCCCCAAUACCAAAACCCUUUUCAGGAUAAACUCCAAACCCAAGGGCAUGCAGGGAAUAUUGAGGGUGAGUUGUUCCACAAGUGAGCCAUUGAAGGUGAUGAUAUCAGGUGCACCAGCAUCUGGCAAAGGCACUCAGUGUGAGCUAAUUGUCAAGAAGUUUGGAUUGGUACACAUAUCAACUGGUGAUCUUCUAAGAGCUGAAGUAUCUGCAGGGACAGAAAUUGGAAAUAAAGCAAAAGAGUUCAUGAAUGCUGGUCGUCUGGUUCCUGAUGAAAUUGUGACAGCGAUGGUGACAGCACGAUUAUCACUGGAAGAUGCAAAGAAAAAAGGGUGGCUUCUAGAUGGCUAUCCACGGAGUGCCGCCCAAGCAGAAAGUCUUGAAAAAUUGAACAUCAGACCAGAUAUCUAUGUUGUAUUGGAUGUUCCUGAUGAAAUUCUGAUCGACAGAUGUGUUGGUAGAAGGCUAGACCCACUGACAGGAAAGAUUUACCACGUAAAAAAUUUCCCUCCAGAGACUGAAGAAAUUAAAGCAAGACUCGUAACCCGUCCAGAUGACACUGAGGAAAAGGUAAAGGCACGCCUUGAAAUAUACAAGAAAAAUGUAGAAGCAAUCUCAUCCACUUACUCGAACAUUAUGGUUAAGAUUGAUGGAAACCGUCAAAAAGAAGUAGUCUUUGAAGAAAUAGAUUCUUUGUUGUCUCAAGUGCAGAAAGAUAAAAUAAAAAUGGUCAAAUCUGAAAAUUCAGUGCCUGAAGGUAGAAGUCUUUCUAGUCAGGCAUCAGUUAGCCAGGAUAAAUGGAGAGGAAUUCCCACUAGAUUAAAUAAUAUCCCUCAUUCCAGAGAAAUCAGGAAUUAUUUUUAUGAGGAUGUGCUGCAAGCCACACAGAGAGCUGUAAAUGAUGGUAGAACAAGGCUAAGGGUGGACAUUAACAUUCCAGAGCUGAACCCAGAAAUGGAUGUUUAUCGAAUAGGUACCUUGAUGGAACUUGUUCGAGUCAUUGCUCUUUCAUUUGCAGAUGAUGGGAAGCGUGUCAAGAGGUUUUCCUGUCAGGUUUGUGUUCAAGGGUCUAUGGGGCAAGGUGCACUUGCUGGAAUGCCUUUGCAAUUGGCCGGUACUAGAAAGAUUCUGGAGCUCAUGGAUUGGGGUGAUUAUGGUGCUAAGGGAACCUUCAUCAAGAUUGGCUCUAUAGGGGAAAAGGAGGUUGACGAAGAUGAUGAUUUGUUCAUCUUAGUGGCUCCUCAAAAUGCCGUAGGGAAUUGUAUCAUAGGUGAUCUUCAAGCCAUGACUGUUGCCGCUGGGAGCCGACCAGUAAUUAUCGUUAAUCCAAGGCUCAAGGACUUACCUGGUUCAAGUGGUAUAAUGCAAACAAUCGGUCGGGACAAGAGACUGGAGUAUGCUGCUUCCUUUGAAAGUUGCUAUUUCUUCCGGCUUCUCUAUUAUGCAGGAACUCAGUAUCCUAUCAUGGGAGCUCUCAGGAUGUCUUAUCCGUAUCGUUAUGAAUUAUACAAGAGGGUGGACCAACCAUCGGGGACAGAGAAGUAUGUGAUCUUGUCGACAUUUUCUGAAAAGCCAAGUACUGAUGAUGUAAACGAUGCCUUCAUGGGGAAACCAAGAAACGAAUCUAAGAAAGCCUCAGGAUUUUGGGGCUUCUUGAGUAGUGAAUCUGCGAGAGUUACCAUGAAACCUCAGAUAUGGUUUGAUGAGCUUAUAUUGAAUAGUGCAUUAGAACUGCCCACAGCCAUGCAAAUUGCAAUCUUAGUAGAUGACGUAACAAGUCAUGCCAUACGCAUUGAACUAACAGCUCAUAUCCUGAUAAUUCUUCUAGCUAGUUGUCUUGUGAUGAAAAGGGCUUUUAUGUUCCAACUUAAACGUAAACGUUAG